AUGGCUAAACUGUUGCAUCAGUUUGUUGUGGUUCUGCUACUCAGCCUGAGUGCCGUCUCUUUGGUGUGCGGACGUGCGACUAAAACAAAGGCGACAGCAGCACCGCCGGCAGAUAAUAGCAAACAAUUGUUUGUCUUCGGCAGCGGCAAGGAGACGAGUCCGCCAAAUUUUGUGCGCCUGGUCGUCAUGCGACUCAUUUACGGGCUCGCCUCGACAAUGGGUCUGGAGGAGCGACUGGAAGAUGCCUUCAAUGGCGCUUUUGUGCCGCCCAAUGCCGAUGGUGGUGGCCUCUUCAGUUUCGGCGGUUACGAUGACGAUGAUGAUGGUGGCGACUUUGGUGCGCUCUUCGAUGAUAUCUAA